AUGGACACUGUCCCGGGCUCCCACUGGGUGAUGGACACUGUCCCGGGCUCCCACUGGGUGAGGGACACUGUCCCGGGCUCCGACUUGGUGAUGGACACUGUCCCGGGCUUCCACUUGGUGAGGGACACUGUCCCGGGCUUCCACUUGGUGAGGGACACUGUCCCGGGCUCCCACUGGGUGAGGGACACUGUCCCGGGCUUCCACUUGGUGAUGGACACUGUCCCGGGCUCCCACUGGGUGAGGGACACUGUCCCGGGCUCCGACUUGGUGAUGGACACUGUCCCGGGCUCCCACUUGGUGAUGGACACUGUCCCGGGCUUCCACUGGGUGAGGGACACUGUCCCGGGCUCCGACUUGGUGAUGGACACUGUCCCGGGCUUCCACUGGGUGAGGGACACUGUCCCGGGCUCCGACUUGGUGAUGGACACUGUCCCGGGCUUCCACUGGGUGAGGGACACUGUCCCGGGCUCCGACUUGGUGAUGGACACUGUCCCGGGCUCCCACUGGGUGAUGGACACUGUUCCGGGCUCCCACUGGGAUAUCCAGGAUCAUUACCCCCAGGAUAUCCAGGAUCAUUACCCCCAGGAUAUCCAGGAUCAGUACCCAGGAUAUCCAGGAUCAUUACCCCAGGAUAUCCAGGAUCAAUAUCCAGGAUCACUACACCAUGACAUGCCUAAACGAAUUGCAAGUUGGGAUUCAUCUCAAUCCUCUAGUGUUCCUGAGGGUCUAAGGCUGAUUCUGAUAUCCAGGAUCAAUACUCCAGCAUAUCCAGGAUCAGUACCCCCAGGAUAUCCAGGAUCAGUACCCCCAGGAUAUCCAGGAUCAGUACCCCCAGGAUAUCCAGGAUCAGUAUCCCCAGGAUAUCCAGGAUCAGUACCCCAGGAUAUCCAGGAUCAGUACCCCAAGAUAUCCAGGGUCAAUACCCAGGAUAUGCAGGAUCAGUACCCCAGGAUAUGCUGGAUCAGUACCCCAGGAUAUGCAGGAUCAGUACCCCAGGAUAUCCAGGAUUGGUACCCAGGAUCAGUACCCCCAGGAUAUCCAGGAUCAGUACCCCCAGGAUAUCCAGGAUCAGUACCCCAGGAUAUCCAGGAUCAGUAUCCCCAGGAUAUCCAUGAUCAGUACCCCAGGAUAUCCAGGAUCAGUAUCCCCAGGAUAUCCAGGAUCAGUACCCCAGGAUAUCCAGGAUCAGUACCCCAGGAUAUCCAGGUUCAGUACCCCAUGAUAUCCAGGGUUAAUACCCAGGAUAUGCAGGAUCAGUACCCUAGGAUAUGCAGGAUCAGUACCCCAGGAUAUGCAGGAUCAGUACCCCAGGAUAUGCAGGAUCGGUACCCCAGGAUAUCCAGGAUCGGUACCCCAGGAUAUCCAGGAUCGGUACCCCAGGAUAUCCAGGAUCGGCACCCCAGGAUAUCCAGGAUCAGCACCCCAGGAUAUACAGGAUCAGCACCCCAGGAUAUCCAGAAUCAGCACCCCAGGAUAUCCAGGAUCAGCACACCAGGAUAUCCAGGAUCAGCACCCCAGGAUAUCCAGGAUCAGCUCCCCAGGAUAUCCAGGAUCAGCACCCUAGGAUAUCCAGGAUCAGCUCCCCAGGAUAUCCAGGAUCAGCACCCUAGGAUAUCCAGGAUCAGUACCCCAGAAUAUCCAGGAUCAGUACCCCAGAAUAUCCAGGAUCAAGUCAGUGAUUGUGAAAGUUUGUACGAGUCAAAGCUUGAAUAUAAUUGCCGACACAAGUCAAAGCCUGAAUAUAAUUGCCGACACGAAUCAAAGCCUGAAUAUAAUUGCCGACACGAAUCAAAGCCUGAAUAUAAUUGCCGACACGAAUCAAAGCUUGAAUAUAAUUGCCGACACGAAUCAAAGCUUGAAUAUAAUUGCCGACACGAAUCAAAGCUUGAAUAUAAUUGCCGACACAAGUCAAAGCCUGAAUAUAAUUGCCGACACGAAUCAAAGCUUGAAUAUAAUUGCCGACACAAGUCAAAGCUUGAAUAUAAUUGCCGACACGAGCCAAAGCUUGUUUAUGGCGGCUUGUGA